GUUGGUGAGGAGGGUGGCUGGCGCGAAUUCCUUCACUCUGGGUCUGCCUGGUGGAGGAGAAGGUGCACCAUUAUUAGGAGUCUGCAAGUGUGUGUUUUUACCUACAAGAAGGCACCAUGGACAUCAAGCUGCCGGCGACCAUCACCAUGCUGGACUCUAAUCUCACUAACUCUGAACCGAACCGAGACCCAACGCGGGAGGUGGGCAACAUGGAGACCCUGAUCCUCACCAUCUGCCUGGCCACCAUCUGUCGCGCCCUGUUCCUCUGCUGCACCGGUUUUAUCGCUCACUGGCUACUUGACCAAAGGAACAGGCUACGUAACCGGAACAGGGAUGCGGCUAGGCCUGUGAUUCCCCCUCCACCCCCGCCGCCUCCCGCGCCCCUCGUGACCAACAACUCGCUGCCCGCCAGGUUCAGGCCAGGCAAGAUGUGAGUCUCACGAAGGAUGACGCAGGGAAAACGAACCCGAUGGUAACGACUCUCGACCUGCCAUGGACUCCCCCAAACUCAUGGAUACUCAACGGCACGACACGAGACCCACCUUCACCACGGCUGGGUGUAUCGUGACGCAACACGGACCUUGACAUCGGACCUUGACAUCGGACCUCCAUCUCGACUGACACAAGACUUGCUUCCAUGUCGACUGACACAAGACUUGCUUCCAUGACAAGUAUACGACAUUAAGGUCAGUGAGGGCCAGCCACUGUCACACCGGAGCCUCUGCCCCCGCGGCACUGUGGGGGGGACGUGACGGCGCCGUGGCACCUCGAAAUAAACAAAGCUACAAAAAAUCCAGAUAAUCAAUUAGUUUUAAGGACUCUAGGCGCUUAGUGGAGUGUCCUGAGGUUUUUAUGGCUGGUUUUGUUUGUUUUAAUUGAACAGCUAACCGUUGUGAGAGGAGAAGAGAGGAGAGACUGCGGCGCGUUUUGUGUGUAAGGUUUUUAUUUUUUAUCGUGCCAUGGUAAAGUUAAGGGACUGAAAAGGGUCGCUGAUCACUAGCGUGCCUUUUCGCUGCAGAUACUCAGGGUUCAGUUACGUAAGGAGAGUUUGGACCUGGCGACUAAUGAACUUAGGACAUUCCUGCGAUUAAGAAGUUUGGGGUGGUUCUGUGUGGAGCGAAAGUUUCUGGUCUAGGUCUUGUUAUUUACGAUUUUUGAGCUUUAUAGUACUGGUGAUCGUUGUGAUCUAGACUGUCCUCGCCGUUUCAGUGUUCAUUAGGAUGGUUUAAAGUGUCUAAUAGUGCAUAUUCUUGAGUGAGAUUCGGUACUAAGGUAUUGUAAGUGCUAAAAUGGUCUCCAGUGUAUUUAGUAGUACGUAGUCGGUGUAUUUCCAGUGUAUUUCCAGUUUUAUUUACAAUUUUACUCUAAGACGCUGGAUUAAAUUCCUAGUAUCUCACAGGCCAGGUGUAUUUCAAGUUUUCCGAAUUUACUCUAGGACACUUGAUUAAAUUCCUAGUAUCACAGGUAUUGAGAUGGUUUACAAUGCUACUGCUGCAUUUCGGCUUAAACUUCCAGAUAUCUUGUUCCUCGUCAUUGCACAAUGCAGUGUUAAAUCGUUCCUCUCCACCUAUAAUGACUUGAAGGAAUGUCUCGAGCUUGAAAGUUGCCAGACAAGCUUAAUGUAGUAUCUUACUAACACUCGUUACUUUCUCAGUGGCGUUAUCUGUCAGGGGCGUUAGUCAAUCCUCCCAGGAAGGUACGUACAAUAACGCCCACUGACGGUCACCUUACUGGGUUACAUACAGCAUGCCGCUUGCGCCUAGUGUUAAGGUAGCUGUUUCUACUGUAGGUGUACAUACUGUUCUAAUCGCCGUACUGUGAAAAAGAUUGUUCUGUAGGUGUACAUACUGUUCUAAUCGCCGUACUGUGAAAAAAGAUUGUCACGUGCAUUCUAAACACUAUGAAGUAUUAUUUUACAAUUUUACUUCAGUGUUUGUCGCGCCACUACUACGAUCACGGCAUUAAUACGAUCUUUUUCACGAGUAGAGCAUUGUCAGGCUUUUAAGAUGUACCUAGCCUUGUUUCCUGGCCACGCCCUACAAUGAAUAUGGCUGCUACUGUAAUGUGUACAGUAAUUUCCAAGUGUACAGUGAUAUUACAUAGACUUAAGUACAGCUUCUUCACCACUAUCUGUAUCUUGUUCAAUAUAACUUCCUGCUAAGCCACACACUACCAUAUCACGGAGUUCCAGGGUGAGCGGCGCGGUAAGGAGCCAUGCACUCGCUCUGGCCUCCUGUGUCAAUGCAACUCGACAGAACCUUGUGCGCUACGAUAUAUAGUGUACCUUCAUCACUCAGCCAGCCCUCAAUAGUGCUCAACUGUGUUAUGUUUUUGUUGUAAGCAAGGGGUAUUGGAUCUCGGUCAGCGGUGUUUGCAGGACUUACACACUCGCUGGGGUUCAACUUGUAUCAAAAGUUCCAAAAAUAGUACAAAAAAAUCCAAAUACAAUAAACCACUACUAUGUA